AUGCCGGCCAAGCGCGCUCGAGCGUCAUCGAACACAACCGUCGAUUCCGAUGAAAUACUACGAACGUUUCAAAACGCCACGGCGUGCGACGAGGCGUAUGCUAGGAGACGAUUGAGUCAGAAUGCCUGGUCGCUCGCAAAAGCUUUGGACGCGCACUUCGCGUCGACGGAAGCCUUGGACGCGCGCGAGCGCAAGCGUGGAGCGACUUUGACGUCUUUGGUGAGACCUCGCGCGAAGGAGGUGUCGAAGCAGGACGAAUUGGACGCGGAGGAUGGGAUGGAGCGGUUGAAGAGGGACGCGGCGGACGCGGUGCGGAGAGCGCAGACGGCGUUUGCGGCGGACGCGGACGGAUUUUUUAGGUCGAUUCCGUUGAAUGAAGAGGCGGAGAUGUUUACUUCGGGGUCAUACGAGGCUUUGGCGACGUUGGUGUGCGAGCGCGUGGGCGAGGAGGGGUUUCGAGACGACGCGUUUCCACCUGCACCAGGAAGCGUCGACGGCAGAGGCAACGCGAGCGGUAACGCGCCCCAGUGUCGAUGCGGUCUGCAGGCCAAGGUGAAACAGGUGCAUAAGGAUGGGGUGACGCAGGGACGCUUGUUUUACGGAUGCGAGAAGCGCGUUGAUCGAUGCGACUUCUUCGCGUGGUGCUCGAAGGAGACGCUGGUGCACACGGAUGCCGCGAAGGCGCUGCGAUGGAAGCGCUUUGCGCCACCGCGGUUCAAGUUCGCAAGACGCACGAGCGCGGCCGACAUUCGACAAGGGAGUGUCGGCGAUUGUUGGUUCCUGAGUAGUCUAGCCGUGAUCGCCGAGCGCGAGGAUUUACUCGAGCAAGUCGUGGGCGUCUCCAGACGACAUGCCGGCGUCUUUGAAAAACAUGGUGCCUGGUUUGUGAGACUAUUCCUCGGCGGACGUUGGCGGGCGAUCGUCGUCGACGACAUGCUUCCAGUAAAAACGCCCAAAACGAAGAAGGACGAUGAGUACUCCUUGGCUUUUAGUCGCGCGGCGAACAAUCAACUGUGGGUAUCGCUCACGGAGAAGGCAUACGCGAAGGCGCACGGAAGUUACUCCGCGAUUAGCGGGGGGUACGUCUCUGAAGGCUUGCAUGAUUUGACCGGAAGCGCGACAGAGCAGAUUGAUUUUCACGCGAAUGAUUUCGAUUCCGAGGAGUGUUGGGCGCGAUUGAUGAGUUUCUCCGCCGCGGGAUUCCCGCUUGGAUGCGCUACGUCGUUCAGCGCAGAGGGCAUUGUCGGUCAUCACGCGUAUAGCGUGUUGGAGGUGCGCGAAGUCGUUGGGGUGAAGAAAGGCGUGCAGACAAAACUCACUGAGGUGUACGCAAGAGGUAAAGACGCUCUAGAUGUCGAGGUGGAGAAUCUUCGGUUGCUAAAAAUUCGGAACCCGUGGGGUAAGAGAGAGUGGCGCGGUGAGUUCUCAUCGAACUCAGACGCGUGGACAAAACGAUUAGGAGAUGUUCUUUCUCGAACGCGCGCAGACGAUGGCGAAUUUUGGAUGUCGUAUCGUGACUUUCUCAUGCAUUUCUCGUCGGUCGACGUGUGUAAAUCACCGCGAGGUUGGCAUUCGAUGAAUUUGGAGACAGUUCUCAGCGACACGCGCGAACGUGGUCCGACAUUUCUUAUUCGUGUAGACGAUGACGGCGGGUGCUGGUGCCAUGUCCUGCUUCUACAGCACACCAAGCGUGGGCGCCCGAACGGGCACUGGUACACCGACUUAUCUGUGCUCGUGUGGUCUCGAGACGUCGGUUCGAGUGACUGGACGCCAAUGGGUGGCAUGUUUGGCGCUCGCGAACGAGAGAGUUGCCAGGGUGAGAUCAUGCUUGACGCCGGGCUCGAGUACGCGUUUCACAUCCUCUCCAUCGCGGGCGGGCGAGACGUCCCGGUGACGUUACGCCUAUGCUCGGCGAAACCAGUUCGCGCGCGUCUGGGUCCACCCGGAAUCCCGGCGAGCGUCGCGCGUAACUUACACUUGGCGAUUCACGGAGACAGCGCGAUCACUGGCGGUUCAAAGUUCAAGCGCUCUCACCUGGCCCUCUGCGGCGGCUUCGCGACGUGCGCCACGAGCAAAGGUUUGAACUUUGUCUUUAUCCAAGCCGGCGCCGCUCGCGCCAGUGACCUCGCGGUACGCGUGGCGUAUCGAUUUGACGACGAACGUGGCGCGGCGUGCUACCAACACGAUGAUGUUGUCGUCGCGAGACCGGGAUUUUCUCGACUCGCCGUCGUCGCCUCGGGCGUCAGUACGCACGCACGACACAAAUUUGAGUUUGAUUACGCCGUCGCCGAGUGCGCGUGCGGGAACGCGACGAGCGAAUCGAUUCACGACGACGACGACGACGACGAUUGCGUCGUCAUCGGUGAGACGGUGGCGAAGAACACCGAGCGCGCGAGAGAGAAACGUCCGGAAAUCGCGCCGAUGCGAUGCGAGGCGUUAUUCGAACAAGUCGACGCCGCGUUUUGGUCGCCGCCGCGCGCGUCCACCAAACACACCGCUCGCGGCACAUUCAGCGCGGUCAUCUAG